AUGGGUCUCCUUUCCCUCACGACUCUCACCCUCGCCGCCCUUGCCGUCGCGGCCCCGUCUCCGCGACAGGACGCCGGCCUCACUUACAAGGAUUUCUCCAGCUCCAAUGGUAUCGUCUACAGAGUCGCCAUCCCCGAUGUCACCGCCGCCCCCUUCGAUGUCGCUCUCCAGAUCGUCGCUCCUAAGGCCGUGGGAUGGGCCGGCCUCGCCUGGGGAGGAAGUAUGCUGAACAAUCCUCUCACUGUCGCCUAUCCCAACGGUGAUACUGUGACCGUAUCUUCCAGGGUUGCCGGCGGCUACCAAGCCCCCACCCCCUACGCCGGCGCCGAAUACACCGUCCGCCCCGGUACAACCGUAAACACAACCCACUGGGUCCUCGACACCCUCUGCAAAGGCUGCAGCCAAUGGAACGGCGGAGGUCUCGACCCCAGCGGCGACGUCGUCCUCGCCUGGGCCUUCGCCCCCAACGCAGUCGCCAACCCUUCCAGCAACACGUCCAACAUCGCCUUCCACAACCAGGGCAAGGGCGCCGAGAAUUUCGACCUCACGGCUGCCAAGGUUAAGGAUUUCGAGGCGAUCGUUUCGGGUGGGACGGCGGGUGGGGAUGAGGCGCCUGCUAGUUCCUCGUCGGCUGCUGCUGCUGCUCCUACUCCUUGA